CGCAACGCGCGGGCCCCACCGCGGUCACGGUUUAUCCAAUCCAGGCAAGCACCCCCCCCACGACGACCACGAGCGCCGCGCGUCGCGUCGCCCGCGAUGCGGCGGCGAGAACUAGGGGCGCGCGUCCAGACGUCCUCGUCCGCGCUCGAUCGCCCCUCCCCGCCCGCGGUCGCCGCCUCGUCGCGGACGGAGGGCUCCAGGGAGGGCCAGGACGCGGCGGGAGGAGCGAGGUCGCCACCGGGCGGCAUGGGCCAGUGCGCGUCGCGGCCGGGGUCGGCGGCCGCCGGCGGGGCGGGGAGGAGGGGGUGCCUGGCGCUGGCGCGGGAGCAGCGGUCCCGGUUCUACAUCUUCCGCCGCUGCGUCGCCAUGCUCGUCUGCUGGCACAAGUACAAGAAGAUCUGAACGGGCCCUUCAGCCUCGCCUUCGAUUAUUCUCUCCGUCCGGGAAUUCUUUGUAACUGUAAUGUAAUAUAAUCUCGUUGUCAUGCAUCGCCCCAUCCCCCUUGUACAUAUUUCUUCCUAAUCCUUCCAUGCGCAUCGGUGCUUCAGAUCCUGCCGGCUGUGAUUUGGACCCAUCAAACCUGUAAAUCGUUGUCACUGCAUUACGGCAUUGGAAGUGCAUAGUUUCGGUUCAGGUUCUC